AUGGCCUCUGCUACUGCAGCUGUUGUCAAUACUUGUCCACCUUGCCCGCUAAGAGAGUUACCUUGGUAUCGCAAUUACAUGUUGGCAAGUAACCUGUCGACACCGCCUCUACAAUCGCUAGUCAUCGCGGGAACAACGGUACUAUGUGUAAAAAUUCCGUCUCCGCGUGGCGAUAUCAGCAUAUAUAGAAGAUUGGAUACCGAUUUUGUAAACGCUACGCAUAUGUUUAGGGCAGCAUAUCCAACUGCUGGAGAGGCACUAGAGAAGAGAGAAAUGAUGUGGCUAGACUCUAUGACUAGUACAAAUGUAGUGCUCGAAGGCAAUAUUGGCCAUAUGACCGGGACUUGGGUACCGCUUACGUAUGCAAAACGUCUUGCCAAAGAUUAUGGAAUCGAACGACAUACGGCUUUACUUUUCUCUUUUUCUAAUCCUGUCGAACGUAGAAAGGCACGAAAAGUUACAUUCGCCGAGAUCCAAUCACCCGAAUAUCCACAACCGAGCGCUUCAGAAACGCGAGGAGACAUUGACAUACUUUCCGCCAAUCUUAACGAACUCAAGGUCGCCAACCUCAACGAACUCAAGGUCGCCAGCCUCAACGAACUCAAUAAAGUCGUCAACUUUGACGAACUCACCACAGUCGAAGCAGAAGUCCGACAAGAAACAGUAACAAGCUCAACAGAAGACACAAAAGGAACAUGCGAAGACGAUGCAAUGUCGGUCGACGAUGAACCACUCGACAAAAAAGAAGGUGAAACUAAUCAAUCUCCACCUCUAAAAAGCACAACAGAAAUACCAGAGAAUUGUGCGCAGAGUAAUGAAAAAUCUGCCGAAUCUGUAAACAAGGAGAAGGUGGAGAAGACGGAGGAAGCACCGUCAAAGAAAAGAGCAUCUGAUGCACGUGAUACGGAACAAUUUUCUGGUUUAAAACGACGCUGUGAAGAGCUCGAGCGUGAUCUAACCGCUGAACGAAGAAAAGUACGUGUAUUGGCUUUAACGGCCGUUGGAUUUGCGACAACGACGGUUAUACCGUUCUUGUUGGGAUGA